CGACGUUGCGUUUGGUUGAGUUCAAUUCCAGAAAUAAAACAAGAAAUUUGGUAGUACCGCAAAAGCCCUAGCAGAAACGCUUCUAUUCAAGCAGAGUGCAGAGCGUCCCAUGAAUCCGAUCAACAUGGCGAAGAACCUUAGCCGCCUGAUAUUAAACGGAUCAUGGAUAAGUAGGCAAAUCUGCACAGCAGCGGAGGCCGUGGUUGAGGCGGCUCCUCCAGUGAUGGGUUCCCAUGGGAAAGGGGAACGGCUGUACCGGAGGUUGUCAGCUCUAGGAGCGACUGGAGGGAGUGUGUCAAAGACGUUAAAUGAUUAUCUAAUGGAGGGGAAUCCUGUAACGAAAAUCGAGCUUAUCCGGUGCGCAAAAGAGCUUCGCAAGUAUCGGAGGUUCGAUCAUGCCCUUGAGGUUUAUCCUUCUUCCCAGCUUCAUCAAAAUCUCUUAGCUUAUUUCUGCUAUCAAAAGAUAAUGGAGUGGAUUGAGAAGAGGAAAAUGAACUUAUCUCAUGUGGACUAUGCAAUACAGUUAGAUCUUAUAGCAAAAACCAAAGGGGUAGCUGCUGCUGAGGAUUUCUUCAAUGGCCUCCCACCUUCUGCAAAAGUUCAUUCUACUUAUGGAUCUCUUUUGAACUGUUACUGCAAAGAACUUAUGUCUGACAAGGCACUGGCUCUUUUCCAAAAAAUGGAUGAAAUGAACUUUCUUACUGCUUCUUUACCUUUUAACAAUCUUAUGUCACUACACAUGGGAUUGGGCCAACCUGAGAGGGUGCCAGCCUUGGUUUAUGAGAUGAAGCAGAGGAACAUCAAGCCUUGCUCUUUCACCUAUAAUAUCUGGAUGCAGAGCUAUGGAUUUUUGAAUGAUCUGGAAGCAGUAGAAAGAGUUCUGUCUGAGAUUGAAAAGGAUGAUAAAGAUAAUUGUGAAUGGACUACGUACACUAAUCUGGCUACCAUCUAUCUGAAGGCUGGACAUUUUGAGAAAGCUGAAUCAGCUCUUAAAAGGGUAGAGGCAAAGAUGGGAUUUCAAAAUCGGGAAGCUUACCAUUUUCUGAUUAGCAUAUAUGGGGGUACUUCUAAUCUAAGUGAGGUCAAUCGAGUGUGGAAGUCCAUGAAGUCAAGCUUCCGUGUGAUUCCCAAUUUGAGUUACUUGGUAAUGCUUCAGGCACUUGCCAAACUAAAAGAUGUUGAGGGUAUAGCCAAAUGCUUCAAGGAGUGGGAAUCCAGCUGCCAAAAUUAUGAUAUGAGAUUAGCAAAUGUUGCUAUAAGAGCCUACCUGGAGCAGGACAUGUAUGAAGAAGCUGAAUCAAUAUUUGAUGAUGCACUUAAGAGGACCAAAGGGCCUUUCUUCAAGGCUCGGGAGAUGUUUAUGGUUUUCUUCUUGAAGAUCCAUCAACUGAACAGCGCGUUGGAUCAUAUGAAAGCUGCUUUUUCCGUACCUGAGUAUGAGUGGCAACCAAGGGAGGAGACGGUGAGUGCAUUUUUUAAUCAUUUUUGUGAAGAGAAAAAUAUUGAUGGCGCUGAGAAGUUCUGCAAGAUCUUGAAGCAUAUUAAUAGUCUAGACUCUAGUGCUUAUAGUUUGCUGCUGAAGACAUACAUAGCUGCUGACAGAUUAGCUCCUGAGAUGCGUAAGAGGUUGGAGGAAGACAAUAUUGAGAUGAGCGAUGAGCUUGAGAGCUUGCUUGAAAGGGUCAGUCCGAAAUAGGUUUAGUACUCCAGUAUGUUGUUGCACCUUAUCUCAACGAACAUCUCGAGUUUAGAGGUCUUUGAUAUGCAGCGCAUGUUGAGUUUGGGAGAGCUCCAUUUAAUAGUGUUGUUGACGUGGAAAAUAUAAGUUCGUCCUUUCUAGUCAGGGCCAAUGUAGUUGAUUUGCUGCGAUUUCUUUUUUUGAAUAAUCUAAACAAUACCUUUGGAAUGAGAA